AAUAUCCACAAUCCGAUUAAUCAAUUAUUACUCCUAAGGUCCCUAUACUAAACAGAUUUUUUCUUAAACACUUUGGUUUUUUUCCUGCAGAAUCUGUUUCUCAACUAAUCUUGUAAUAAUGUCUGCAAAGAAAUACGCAGAAACUCUACAGCUUAUAGAAGAACUGACUACAAAUGCCGACUCUAUUCAACAAAAGGUGUUGGCUGAAAUCCUGGAACAAAACAAAGGAGUAGAGUACUUGAAAAGGUUCGAACUCGACGGAGCUACGGACCGUGAGACGUUUAAGUCGAAGAUUCCGAUUAUCACGUAUGAGGAUAUUCGAUCCGACAUUCAACGUAUAGCGGAUGGCGAUCGUUCGCCAAUUUUAUCGGCUCAUCCCGUUAUUGGAUUCUUCACUAGUUCUGGAACUUCAAGUGAGGAACGUAAGUUGAUACCGGUAAUUGAAGGAGAGACUGAACGUCGCCGUUCAGUUAGACUUUUGAAGCCUGCUGUAAUGAACUUAUUUGUGCCUGAACCGGACAAAGGCAAAGGCUUAUACUUCUAUUUUGUAAAAUCUGAAACAAGAACUGCAGGUGGGCUUGUAGCUCAACCUGCAACAUCUCACUACUUCAAAAGUGACAAAUUCAAGAGAGUUAUGUCCGAAGCUAAGGUAUUCACUAGCCCCAUUGAAUCAAUCCUUUGUCCUGACUUGUUCCAAAGCAUGUACACUCAGUUACUCUGCGGCCUUUUGGAUCGGCAUCAAGUGGUCAAGAUUGGUGCAUUAUUUUCCUCCAUUCUUAUUCGAAUAAUGAAGUUUCUUCAGCUUAAUUGGCAAGAAUUGGCUCAUGAUAUCAUGUCAGGAACGUUAAACAAGCGCGUGACUGAUCCUUCUAUCAGAAACUGCAUCGCCAAGAUCCUGAAACCCGACCCUGAAUUGGCCGAGUUCAUUAGGUUUGUAUGUUCGAAUGAGAAUUGGGAAGGAAUAAUUAAAAGAAUUUGGCCUAAUACUAAUUAUCUCGACUUGAUCAUUACCGGAGGAAUGGCUCAGCAUAUUCCUACUCUUGAUUACUAUAGCGGUGGUCUGCCUUUAGCUUCGACUCUUUAUGGAUGUUCAGAGUGUUCUUUUGGGAUAAAUUUAAACCCGUUAUGCAAGCCGUCUGAUAUUUCCUAUACAAUCAUACCCAACACGACCUACUUCGAAUUCUUGCCUCAUAAUUGUGACUCGCCCGGGUUAGCUUGUGACUCGCCACCUAGACUUGUGGACCUUGUCGAUGUUGAAGUUGGUAAAGAGUAUGAGAUUGUUGUAACUACCUUUACAGGUUUAUAUAGGUACCGAGUUGGUGAUGUUCUUCGAGUCAGCGGAUUUCAUAACUCGACUCCUCAAUUUCAGUUCAUCGGAAGAAAAAACGUCCUACUUGGUAUCGAUAUAAAUGAAACCGAAUUACAAAAAGCAAUUGGAAAUGCAGCCCAAAUCCUGUCCAAAUGUAAUACAAGUGUGGUUGAAUAUACAACUUUUGCUGACACGAAAACAGAUCCCGGUCAUUAUGUGAUUUACUUGGAAUUGUUGAGUAAAGAGUCGGCUAAUUCUCCGAGUGACGAGAUAUUGAGUCAAUGUUGCCUUGCUAUUGAAGAAUCGCUGAACUCAACGUAUCGACUAGCUCGGUUUGAGUACUAUUGGAUAGGUCCGCUAGAAAUAAGAGUGGUGAAAAUUGGAACAUUUGAAGAGUUGAUGGAUUAUGCAAUAUCAUCAAGAGGGGCAUCAAUGAAUCAAUAUAAAGUACCGAGGUGUGUGAAUUUAAUAUCAAUGAUAGAGAUUCUUGAUUCUAAAGUAUUAUCUGUACAUUUUAGUCCUUCUGUGCCACAUUAGACACUAGAAAAAAGAAGAUGAUAUGAUGUACUCCACUAAAAAGAAUAAAAAAAUUCAGAUACCAUGAGUGUAAAAUUUCUAUAAUCUUAUGAGUAUCUUGUAUUUUUAUUGAGUUUAAAUGUGUUAAAGAAGUGUGCCUUUAAAAUUUA